UCCUCCCCCAUUAUGAAACAAAAAUAAAACUUAUUUUAAAUGUUGUAGAAAACUCAUCUGGUUCAUCAAUUGAUCAAGUGAUAAGCGAGGCUCAUGAACAUAAGUUUACAUCAAGAUCUCCUAAACUAUCAAAGAUAUUGAUAAGAUCAUAAGAGCCUACAUAAUCUCUAAACAUCUUUAUGAAGUAUACAUACAAUGGGAGAGUCAGGUCAUCUAGAAGUGUGCAUUGAUAGCCUGGAAUCUGCAGUAAACGCAAUUAAUGGUGGGGCAUCAGAGUUAGAAGUAUGCAGUUCCUUAGCAGAAGGCGGCCUUACACCGUCACCUGGUCUUGUGCUGGAAAUAUUAAAUAUUGUCAACGAGAUUAGAACAUCCAAGAAAAAUUGCGAAGAAACAAAAAAUGUUAAAAAUAUUCCAAAGGUCAAUAUCAUGAUUCGAUGUAGGGGCGGUUCCGAUUUUAACUAUUCAGAAUCAGAAAUGGCUACAAUGUUAGCAGAUGUUCGGCAUUACAAAGCAAUGAGCGUCAACAGCUUUGUCUUUGGAGCGUUGAAUGAAACGCGAGGCAUAGACAAGGAAAACUGUUCUAGAAUAAUCGCUGAAGCACAUCCAAUACCAGUUACAUUCCAUAGAGCAUUCGAUCUAUGCUCAGACCCAAAUGUUGCCAUGACAGAAAUUAUUCGACUUGGAUUUAAACGGCUUCUUACUAGCGGGCAGAAACAAACAGCGGCAGAUGAAGAUGCGCUAAAGUUAAUUAAUCAUUUACAAUUUAAAUAUGGAGAUGAAAUAGAAAUUAUGCCUGGAUCAGGCGUGACCAUAGAUAAUGUGAAAAAAUUUAUAGAUAUGGGUUGCAAGUUCGUUCAUAGCUCUUGUAAGGUUGUGAAAAAAUUUGACGAAUUGGAAAAUGAUCUGGGAAUGGGUGCGGGUAAAAUGUAUGUUACUAGCGAAGAUGUGGUUCGAUCCAUGGUGCAGAUAAUUAAUUAGCUAAAAUCUAUACAUUUAUUAUGUGAUGAAAUAGUGAAUGGUAAUGUUAAUUUUAGGCAAAAUAUAUUUUAUCAAGACUGUAUAGUGUAAGUAUAUUACUCUGAAAAUAAAGUUUUUUUUUAUUAAAUUAAU